AUGGCUGCGUCCAUCCCAGGCGCCGAGGCCAUACCCCAAUAUCUCCAGUGGAAGAUAGAAAGCCAAAGGACGGAUAUCAACUUGGAUAAGAAGUUGGAAGAAGCGAACAAGGUACUUCACAAUCGUAUCUUGAAGAUGCGCGAAGGGAAGCUAUGCACGGGUUGUGUACUGUUUGUCGGCCGCGAUCAUAAGUCACAUUGGGGUUUUGCAGGUGCUUUGUGGUCACGCUUUGAAGUUGUGCCGGGUUCAACAGAAGAAGCAUCGUUGCUCGCAAAGAAACCAAGACUAAAUUGGAACAUCAUUGCUGGAAAGUCGGUUACAUGCACACUUUGCAAGGCAUUCCUCGAGGCAGCAUUGCCCUUGCUACCAGAGGAGUCGAACAUGGUCAGGCCAAACCAGCUAUCUAUCGAUUUGCAUCGUGGAGCCUUAACGCUUCCUCGGAUGAAUUCAAAAUCUGAUGACGCAGUCAAGUACACCAUCUGGCCAAACAGUGGCUCGAGCCAGAGCAACUCCAAUGACACACCGCAUCAUUGUAUAUGGCAUCGCGACGUUCGACCUACAGUCGACUUCGAUUUAGUGGCAGGUUGGCUUAAAGCAUGCGAUGAAACACAUGGACACCACCCAGGCUCGCAGGGGCGAGAGCGAGCGCUUGACGGCAUUCGAUUCAUCGAUUUGCAGCAACGCUGUAUCGUCCGAAGAAACCGAAAUAAUAUGCUAUUGCUCGAAGAAAAUGGCGGUCUUUCAAGUCUGGAAGGAAAAUUUCGCCCUGUUGUUACAGAUGCGAUGCAAGUCUGUCGCCGUUUAGACAUUUCGUACUUGUGGAUUGACUGCCUAUGCAUUGUCCAAGAUGACGAAGCAAGCAAGCAUAGUCAAAUUCAGAACAUGGACCUUGUGUAUGCCAAUGCAUACAUCACGCUGGUUGCCGCUUCAGAGCAAGCUACGGAUCCACACGUCGUCAAUCAGAGUACCAAUGAAGGCAUAGAUGAAGGACUAGCGAGAGUUUCGGUACCAGUCACCACAAACAGAGCUCACUGUGGUUCUCCCGUGGGUGGACUUUUCAAGAGCUCGUUUGUGCCCGCCGCAUUCUCGUGUUCACAGCUAAGCAAGCUUUUCUCUACUGUCCAGAAGGAUUACUAA